CGCUUCUGUUGGGGCGUUCUGGAGCGGUAGAUCUCUCAGCGUCCCUGUUUUAAUUAUUCUACCAGGUCCCUCCAGAGAUGGAAAACCCUACUCCAUAAGGUCGAAGGGAUCAGGUAACCUCCAGCCCAACGUGGGGCUCAAACUUGUGACCCUGAGAUCAAGAGUUGCAUGCUCCACCAACUGAGCCAGCCAGACACCACAUUAAUUGGAGCUUCUUCCUGAGGUGUCUCUCCCAGUUUUGUGGAGUUUCCUCACAGCAUGGCCCCCAAGCGCCAGUCCUCACUUGCACCUCAAAUGAAGAAACCGAGGCUGCUUCCUGCCCCCAUGCCGGAGGAAAUGUCAGCCUCUCAGCCCUUGCCGAACGGAGAAAAAGAACAGCAAGAAGUAAUUGAACAUAUUGAUGAAGUACAAAAUGAAAUAGACAGACUUAAUGAAGAAGCCAGUGAGGAGAUUUUGAAAGUAGAACAGAAAUAUAACAAACUCUGCCAACCAUUUUUUCAGAGGAGGUCAGAAUUGAUCCCCAAAAUCCCCAACUUUUGGGUAACAACAUUUGUCAACCAUCCACAAGUGUCUGUACUGCUUGGAGAGGAGGAUGAAGAGGCACUGCAUUAUUUGACAAGAGUUGAAGUAACAGAAUCUGAAGAUAUUAAAUCAGGUUACAGAAUAGAUUUUUAUUUUGAUGAAAACCCGUACUUCAAAAAUAAAGUUCUCUCCAAAGAAUUUCAUCUGAAUGAGAAUGGUGAUCCAUCUUCAAGGUCCACUGAAAUCAAAUGGAAAUCUGGAAAGGAUUUGACGAAACAGUCAAGUCAAAUGCAGAAUAAAGCCAGCAGGAAGAGAGAGUACGAGGAACCAGAGGGCUUCUUCACCUGGUUUACUGACCAUUCUGAUGCAGGUGCAGAUGAGUUAGGAGAGAUCAUCAAAGAUGAUAUUUGGCCAAAUCCAUUACAGUACUACUUGGUUCCUGAUACAGAUGAAGAAGAAGAAGAAGAAGAAGAAGAAGAAGAAGAAGAUGUUGAUGAUGAUGAUGAUGAUGAAGGAUUGGAAGAUAUUGAUGAAAGAGAUGAGGAUGAAGAUGAAGAUGAUGAUGAUGAUGAUGAUGAUGAUGAUGAUGAAGGGGAGGAAGGAGAGGAGGAUGAAGACGAUGAUGAUUAA